GACCAAAAUUUAUAAAAGAAAACGCAAACUCGAACUCCCGUUCAGUGCCGUAUCCAAAAGCAGAGCGUGCAGUCAGUCGCCCAGCAGCAGCAGCCAGCAAUAAACCCGAAAGGCCAGCCACAGAAGCGAGUUGCUUUAAAUUAGAUUUCUAAUCACCCCAAUAAAACACAAAAAACAAAGCAAACAUGUCUACAGAUGUCAGCAACGAUAACCCCAUCUAUGGCCCCUUCUUCGGUGUUAUGGGCGCAGCGUCCGCCAUUAUCUUCUCAGCACUCGGCGCUGCCUAUGGCACUGCUAAGUCUGGUACCGGUAUUGCUGCCAUGUCAGUGAUGCGUCCUGAACUGAUCAUGAAAUCCAUCAUUCCUGUGGUCAUGGCGGGUAUCAUUGCCAUUUACGGUCUGGUCGUCGCUGUCCUGAUUGCCGGCCAACUGGAUACGCCCACAACUUAUUCCCUGUACAAGGGUUUCAUUCAUUUGGGUGCUGGGUUGUCUGUGGGCUUCUCGGGCCUGGCAGCCGGUUUUGCGAUCGGCAUCGUGGGAGAUGCCGGUGUGCGUGGAACAGCACAACAGCCUCGUCUGUUCGUCGGUAUGAUCCUGAUUCUCAUCUUCGCCGAAGUGUUGGGUCUCUACGGUUUGAUUGUGGCCAUCUACCUGUACACGAAAUAAAUCAAUCAAUUCAACACACACACACAACAACAAGAAGAGAAGAAGAAGAAGUAGACAAACAGCCCAGCAACAAAAGAACAUCAUACAUCAACGUCAACGUCAAGAAAUGCAAGUAAAAAGUGUAUCAAAUAAUAAACCAUCCAACAAAAUAACAAUGAAAUCAACCAACCACGACAACAAAAGGAAUGAAAAUGCACGCGUCUGGGUGGCAACUCUGGUGGCCGUUUGUAUAUAGCAACAACAAAAACUAAAUAACAAUAACUGCAACUGCAAAUAGGAGUUAGGUACCAGGGUUGUCAUUCUCGUUCUGGUUUAGUGUGUACAACAACAACAAACAGCGACAACAUUUUUAUUACGUUUGAUUUACUUGUUAAUUAUGUGUAUUUUACUUUGCAAAUUGCGACAAACAACAACAACAACAAAUUGCUGGUGCAUUGUUUAGUUUAGUUUAUUUUUCCGUUCAAAUCAAUUUUGCAGUUAAGUUCAUAAAGUUGUAAUAUCAAAUAUCAAAUUUGUCUCUUUCUUAAACUAUAUAUUUCUUAUUUUUUUUGCGCUCCACAAAACGUGUGCUCUUUGUUAUUUGUUUUUUCCAUUAUUAUUAUUAAAUAAUGUUUAGUGUAUAUGUAAAAUUCGUUAAAGAAGUUUGUAAAGAAAAACCAACAACAACAACAACAAAAAAACAACAUCAAUCAACAAUUGUAAAUUUGCGCAUUCAGCUGCAACAUAAAAAUUUGAAAACAAAUUUAGCGAAAAGGGCCAAAAUAACAACAAAUAAAAGCGAAUACCAACAACAACAACAAAACGAAAACAUCUAAAGCACUGCAGCUAUUGUUUAAGGGCAACUCUGGCGGUAGCAGCUGUUUGAGCGCGCGCGCGCAUGCAUGGCGUUGCCACCCUGGCGAACAAUUGUUGUGCCGCGGAAGCUCACAACGGCUGGCGAGAAUAGGAAUUGUUGUUGUUGGGGGUGAAGGCGACAAGAACAACAUAGAAAAAAAAACUACUUGGCAAUACUUCGACAACUGCAACCAACAACUACAUACAAUCAUAAAAACUACACACGCAUACACCCAAACACACACACACACAUGCAUACAAAAAUGUAACUAAGUCCUAUGUUUAUUUUUAAUUAUUGUUCAAUUCUAAGAAUAAUAUAUUAAAAAUUAAUAAUAAUAAAUUAUAUAUAUAUAUAUAAUUAUGAUUUUUUUGUGAUAAGAAAAUACAUAAAAAAUUGUAAUACAAAUACAAAACAAAAACAACAAUUACGGUAUUGAUAUACAUAAUAUAUAUAUAUAUAUACAUAUAUAUAUACAAAAAUGAAUGAUAAACAAUUAUACAUAUUAACAUGAGAAAAAGAGUUGUUAUAAACACAAAAAGAGGAUGGUAUUGAAAAACGAGAAAUAUGAGAAAAAACACAAAUCAACCCGAAUGAAAACCUAUAUAAAAUCACACACAAUUUUUCCGCUGUUAUUGUAUAGUAAAGAAACAAAUAUUAUAUAUAAAAUAUAUAUUAUGUAUAAAAAAUAUUAACAUGAAAAUGUAGUAGCAAAAUUAUAAAACAACAAACCGACACAACACAAACAACAACAUCAAACCAAAAGUCGUGCAAGCAAAACGAAAAACAAACAAAAACUCAAAAACGUAGACAACAAAACAACACCAACUUUGUGUCAACGUUGAAAAAUGCAACAAAAAAAUUGUAAAAUCCCAACAAAUUAGAAGUUAGUCGAAAACUAAACCUUAAAAUCAACAUCCUAUGUUCGAUCUGUAUGCAACUAGCAAGUAACAACAACAAUUUGUACAACAACACCACAACAGGAAGGAGAGAGCGAGAGGGGAGCACUGCAACUUGCCGGCCACUGAGAGUUAUCCGCAACGCUUUUCCCCGGGGCAUGUGGUCAUGGAGAGAGGGGGCGAGGCAACACCUCCCUGCCCGUUGGCCGCCGAUGCAUUCGUGAUGCUGAGAACGCGGAGGUGACCAACCUGUGCGGGGCGCCUCUUCCCCCCUUUCGCCACUGAUCCGGCCCUGGAGAUUCGCUGGCGGUCACUCGACUCUCGAGUUGUCCCCACCAAAGCGGAGACAAGAACAAAACAUGCACAAAAAAGACAACAACAAUUCAAGAGGAUCCACGCAAUGUGCUCUACACUGUAGUCUGCAACAUUUGUACAUAAUGCUCUGUUGCCAUCCAAUUCCCCCCGCCCGCGAAGCAUUCCCUCCUCCCUCCUUAUGCCCACUGAGUUGCAGCGCCCGUGUUGCGUUCACUUGGUGUGCUUGGGUGGCGGGAGAAAUGCGACGCGCGGGGGGUAAAUUGGUCAGUGACAGAGGUAAUUGCUUGAAGUGUGUAGAGUAUGUGGCUGUCGGAUUUGUUCGUCUUGUUUGCGUUUGGUGAGGAAAAUUUGUAGAGUAUUUCCAUUGUUUUCCGUGCAAUUUGCGUUCUCUCUUUUCGCUCUCACCCCCUCCUCGCAUGCAAUCGAUCUAAGGUUUAAUUGUAACUGUAACUGUGUACUCGAUAAACAACAACAACAACAACAGACAUUGUAUGAAAUAAAUUGUAAUUUCUAAUUUCCAAAAAAAA